AUCGAAUGAUUCACCAUAAAUAUGCAUCGAUCUCUUCCUCAUGCCAAAUACAUCACAAGCAAUAUUUACAAGGACACAGAAAUAUAUUCAUAGAGUGAAGAAAUCUGCAUUUAUUCAAAAUAAAACGCGAAUAUGUCGUCUGAGUGUGAAGGUAAGGCUUCAUGGCCUGAAUUAUUGGGGACUCAGGGGACAGUUGCAGAGGCAACAAUUGAGAGGGAGAAUCCUUUGGUCGACGCCGUGAUUGUGCUACAAGGAACAAUUGUCACCGAUGACUUCCGGUGUGAUAGGGUUCGUGUUUGGGUCGACACAGACGGAAUUGUUGUCGACGUCCCUGCAAUUGGUUAAUUCAGAAUUCAAGGGCACUUCAGGGGCGACUAGUUCUCUUUUAAAGAAGUGUUUGAAGAAAAUUAUAUGAAAUAAUGGAAUAAGGAGAUCUAUAAAUUCUCCAUGGAUUUAUGCUUUCUUCUCUUCUACGUAUUCUACAUGAAGCUAAAUAAAAUGGUUGCAAAUUAUUUUCUCCUCA